AUGGCGAGCCGUUCGAAUUCUGCUGCUAGCAGAGACACGCCACAUAAUGGCAUCACAUACACCCGCGACUUCGAGGUGAUCGAGAUGGCCAACAUGGCCGCCGCCGCCGACGCCAGCACCGGAGACGACCGAGAGCAUCAGCAGAACCAUGACAACCACACGAGAGGCGGCAGUAGGAGGAACAGCAAGUCCCGACCGCCAGAAUUCUGGAUGCCGUCCAGCUACAUGGUGUCGACCGGCCAGCCCGACGACUUCAACGACGACGUCAAGAAAUCCAGCGUCAAGCAUUGGAUCGACAGCUUCCGCCAAGCCUCGCCCGCCGCCUCCCUCAAUUCCGUCACCCUGGGCGGGAAUGUCGAGGCCGAGUCGCGAUUCUACGAUCUGCGCGCCGCCAAUGCGAGGACCUCGCAUACCGCGCUUGCGCGGGAGCUCAAGGGUCGCCAUCUGCAGAUGAUUGCCAUCGGCGGAUCCAUCGGUACCGGUCUCUUCGUCGCUUCCGGGCUCGCCCUCAACCGUGGCGGUCCCAUCUCCUUGCUGCUGGCCUACUCCGCCAUCGGCGCCGUCCAGUUCUGCACCGUCCAGGCCCUCGGCGAGCUGGUCGUGUCAUUUCCCGUCGCAGGCUCCUUUUCUGCACUCACGACGCGGUUCCUCGACCCUUCGUGGGGCUUUGCUAUGGGUUGGAACUACGCACUGCAAUGGCUCGUUACCCUGCCCCUCGAGAUCAUCGCCGCAUCUCUGACGACCGACUACUGGAACCACGGACUGGAUAAUGCCAUCUUCGUCACCAUCUUCCUAUGCGGCAUCGUCGUCAUCAACAUGUUUGGUGUCAAGGGCUACGGUGAGGCCGAAUUCCUCUUCUCGAUCAUCAAGGUGACGGCUGUCGUCGGAUUCAUUCUUCUGGGCAUCGUCAUCAACAUCGGAGGCACCCCGACAAGCGGAUACAUCGGAGCCAAGUACUGGCGGGACCCGGGGGUCUUCAACAACGGCUUCAGGGGCUUCUGCAGCGUGCUGGUGACGGCCGCCUUCUCGUUCGCCGGUACGGAACUGAUAGGCCUGGCGGCGGCCGAGACGGCCAACCCGCGCAAGUCGCUGCCCAGCGCUAUCAAGAAGGUCUUCUGGCGCAUCACCAUAUUCUACAUCGUCACCCUGCUGCUGGUCGGCCUGCUGGUUCCCUACGACGAGCCGCGGCUCCUGGGCGGCACGAGCUCCGUCGACGCGCGUGCGAGCCCCUUUGUCAUCGCCAUCGAGAGUGCCGGCGUGGCGGUCCUGCCGGGCGUCAUGAACGCCGUCAUCCUGAUUGCCGUCAUCAGCGUCGGCAACUCGUCCGUGUUCGGGUCGUCGCGCACCCUGGCCGCCCUUGCCGAGCAGUCGCAGGCGCCGCGCCUGCUGGCCUACGUGGACCGCGAGGGCAGGCCGCUCCUGUCCAUCAUCGCAACGCUGUCGGUCGGGCUGCUGGCGUACCUGGCCGACGUGGAGAACCACGGCGUCAUCUUCGACUGGCUGCUGGCCAUCAGCGGCCUGUCCAGCCUCUUCACCUGGAUCAGCAUCUGCCUGUGCCACAUCCGCUUCCGCGCCGCCUGGAAGGCCGCCGGCCACGCCGAUCACGAGAUCCCCUUCCGGUCGCAGGUCGGCCUGGCCGGCUCCUGGAUCGCCCUGGUGGGCUACGUCCUGGUGCUGGCAUCGCAGAUCUGGCUCGGCGUGUCGCCCAUCCCCACGGCCGCCGACGGCAGCACCCGCCAAGGCGAUGUCAAGGGCGGCAGUAGCCAGGUCGGCCAGGACGCCUUCUCCCCGGGGGAGAUCGCCCAGAACUUCUUCCUCGACAUCAUGGCCCUUCCCAUCGUGCUCAUCUUCUGGGCCGGCCACAAACUCUGGUUCCGCACCUCCGUCGUCAAGAUAGAGGACAUGGACAUCGACACCGGCAGGCGGUACUCGAGGCUGCGUGCCAAACCCGAUUCCGAAGAGGAUCAUAAGCGAAGCUGGCCGCUCUGGAAGCGUGCCUACCACUUUAUGUUUUAG